GCCAAACCGAACUGUUCUCUUCUCUUCACUUCAAUAGAUCAUAGUCUCGCUGUUGGCGGCUAUUAACACUGAUUGUCAAAAAAUGGAGGUUAAUACGUGCAACAUUCAAGUGCUCCUGCAGGCAGCGGAAUAUCUGGAGCGCAGGGAAAGAGAGGCUGAACACGGUUAUGCCUCAGUGCUACCAUUUUACAGUAAUGGGGUCGCAGAUAAGAGAAAGAAACAGAAAUCAAAGACUCAUUCACAAGGGAGCAGCAGGUCUGUUCACAAUGAAUUGGAGAAACACAGGAGAGCUCAGUUGAGACAUUGUCUAGAGCAGCUAAAACAGCAGGUUCCUCUAUCCUCCGAUUCAGCGAGGAACACAACCCUCAACCUGCUCAGAGAUGCACAGCUGCACAUCAAGAAACUGCAGGCGCAGGAUGAGCGUGCAGAGCUGUUGAAGGAUCGGCUGCGCUGGAAGCAGAGAGAACUGCGCAUACGGUUGGAGAAACUGCAGGGCAGCACGGAGCGGAUGCGUAAUGACAGCCUUGGGUCUGCUGUGUCCUCAGAGAGAUCAGACUCUGAGAGAGAGGACAUCGAAAUAGAUGUGGAGAGCAUGGUGUGGACUCUGGAUACAGAUGGUUUGGGCUCAUCACAUGCUGAGGUGGACCACAGCUACUCCACCUCUGAUCAUGCCUGGUUAUGACCAUAUCAGACCGUCUCAUACCUAGAAACAUUACGAAACGGUAUUAAGAGUAUGAGGAACAUCACAACAGGACUCAAAACUGAAAAUGUGUGAUGGGCUUUGCCAUUCUUACCACAGAAAAGCCUUGUUUUGGAACCAUCCGUCGCAAACUACUUGUAAGCAUGACUGGAAAACGUUUGUGUUGUGUAUUCUUCACAAAUGCCAUUAUGGUGCUCUAGUAUGCUAUACACACACUUGAUUCAAGUGUAACAAGUUUGGUGAUGCUAUACUUUCACAUAAUGAUUUUAUUUUUUAUCCAGACUAGUUAUGAUAACAUUGUACCGGCUAGUUGUCUUCUAUCCAGCAAAUGAGCUUAACUAUAGGGUCAGCCUGCAGUACACAUUUGCUUGCACUUAUACCUUUAAUAUCCGGCAUAUUUAAUUUGUCGUCUUUUUGUUUUAAAUACAUUGCACAAAGCAUACGCAUGAGCACUUGCAAUGUCUCGUUUAGAUGUAUGUCGCUCCAUUCAGGAUUGCUAAUGUGUCAAAUUGCAAAUUAUUUAAAUGCAAUUUUAUCAAAUGUUUGAUAUGUUUUUCUAAUGGAAAAGAUUGGGGAGGCUAAUUCAAAGGUUAUGCUGCAAUUCAUAUUUUAUGACUGUUACUUGGCAGAGGUACAAUAAGGCUUUAAAUGAUUGUUAUUGAACUGCUCGGUUCCCACAACUCUUUUUCUGCAUCUUUUUUAGUCCUGUUCUUUGGUUUACUUGAGUGAAUUAACGUUGGUGCUAUUAAAACUCCGGACAAGCUCUUACUACGCAAGAAGCCUGAAAAACAUAAAAUACUGAAGUUAAUUUUUUAUAUAUAUAUAUAUAUUUUUUUUUUUACGGUAGAUUUUUUUAACAGUUGUAUCCCCCUUUAAGAUGUGUUAGUCUUUGCUCAUGUGAAAAAGUCCUGGUUGUUACCUUUUUUAUGUAAUAUUGGUAAAAUACAUGGGCUGUAUUUGCAAACUGUUCAAUACCUGCUCAAAUCAGCCUUUUAUGCAAACUAUUAUAAUCAUGCCUGUGUUUUUAGAUGUUUGUACAUUAAUUGUGUUAAUGUACACUGCUAAAUGUACAUUGUAUGUACUGUUUGAACACCAAAUGCCUUAUUUGUAUGUCAUUCGACCAGGAACACCUUUGUAUUUAUGUCUCUCCUUGUACUCAUAUGUAGCAUUUUAUUAUUUUUUA